AUGAACGAGGCGUCACGCAUGGAGUCCACCGGCGCCAUGGACCGCAUACAAGUCACCAAGUACACCAAACAGACGGGCUACGACAUCUGGGGAAACACGGUGAACGAGGCGUCCCGCAUGGAGUCCACCGGCGCCAUGGACCGCAUACAAGUCACCAAGUACACCAAACAGGUCGGCAUAGUACGGGGCUACGACAUCUGGGGGAACACGGUGAAUGAGGCGUCCCGCAUGGAGUCCACCUGCGCCAUGGACCGCAUACAAGUCACCAAACGGGGCUACGACAUCUGGGGGAACACGGUGAAUGAGGCAUCCCGCAUGGAGUCCACCUGCGCCAUGGACCGCAUACAAGUCACCAAGUACACCAAACAGACGGGCUACGACAUCUGGGGAAACACGGUGAACGAGGCGUCCCGCAUGGAGUCCACCGGCGCCAUGGACCGCAUACAAGUCACCAAGUACACCAAACAGACGGGCUACGACAUCUGGGGAAACACGGUGAACGAGGCGUCCCGCAUGGAGUCCACCGGCGCCAUGGACCGCAUACAAGUCACCAAGUACACCAAACAGGUCGGCAUAGUACGGGGCUACGACAUCUGGGGGAACACGGUGAAUGAGGCGUCCCGCAUGGAGUCCACCUGCGCCAUGGACCGCAUACAAGUCACCAAACGGGGCUACGACAUCUGGGGGAACACGGUGAAUGAGGCGUCCCGCAUGGAGUCCACCUGCGCCAUGGACCGCAUACAAGUCACCAAGUACACCAAACAGGUGUUGGAGCGUCGCGGCUACGGGCUGGAGGCGCGCGGCGCGGUGGAGGUGAAGGGCAAGGGGCGCAUGGAGACGUGGUGGGUCACCAAACGGAAGCAUGAGCAGCGUCCGCGCGACCGCUACCGCAGCCGCACGGCGGAGGCGCGCGUGCCCGAGGACGCGCCCCUGCCCGCGCGCCCCUCGCCGCCCGCCGCGCCGCCCGUGCCGCCGCGCUCGCUGGCCGCCGUCGUGUACACCAUGCUGCAGGCGAGGAAGCGCAUCUACACGCACCCGCUCGACGCGCAGCAGGGUACCCGCACGGCGGAGGCGCGCGUGCCCGAGGACGCGCCCCUGCCCGCGCGCCCCUCGCCGCCCGCCGCGCCGCCCGUGCCGCCGCGCUCGCUGGCCGCCGUCGUGUACACUAUGCUGCAGGAGCAGCGUCCGCGCGACCGCUACCGCAGCCGCACGGCGGAGGCGCGCGUGCCCGAGGACGCGCCCCUGCUCGCGCGCCCCUCGCCGCCCGCCGCGCCGCCCGUGCCGCCGCGCUCGCUGGCCGCCGUCGUGUACACCAUGCUGCAGGCGAGGAAGCGCAUCUACACGCACCCGCUCGACGCGCAGCAGGGUGCAGCGGGCUCGGGCGGCAGCGUGCGCGCGCGGGCGGGGCGCGCGGGGCUGGGCGCGGCGCGACGAGCCGCCGACCUGCGCCGCACCUACACCACGCACCCCAGGACUUGCAAUGGCGACAUAGAGUUAGCAAAACGGCCCUACUCGAGCAGCAUGGUAGCGCGGCGACCCGACAUGGCGCCGCCCAUCCUGGGCAGCAUGUCGGCCCCGCACACCCCCACCGCGCCGCACCUCCCCGCCGAGGUCCUGUUCACGGGGCCCAAGCUCGGCCUCAGCGCCAGACUCAAGGCUGCCAGCUUCUCCUACAGAACGAGGCCUCACAGAGACCGCUCGCCGAAGAUUAACGAAGAAAACAACGGCUCCAGGACAUCAGUCACCAACGGCGUACCUGGCUCGUUCCGACUUAGAUCCGUCACUACGGCUUCCUUCUUUAGAGGACGAAAUAAAGAUAGGAGAAAAACACAAGAGUUGAACUCAAAUGGGGACACUGUAACCACUCGCAUGUAAAAUGUAGUUAAAUGUGGGUAAACUCAAAUAAAUCUUUAUUUUAUUAGGCCUACAACUGACACCUUUGAUGCGCAAACUUUUCCUUACACAGUAAUUGUACUUAUCUAAAAUUAUUAAAUAAAGCCUACUAUUAUGUCUGAAUUCUGAAAGUGGCGUAGAUUUUUUUUUAAAAGUAAAAACAAAUACAUAUAAUAAAGCCUACUACCAAAGAUAGUAAUGAGAGAAAGAGAAGCAAAUACCUAUUUAUUUUUGGAAAAUUAUUGUUUUAUUUGCCUAAUGCCUAUACCAGAUUGUUAUACUGUAUGCAUAUAACUAGUAAAAUACGAAUGAAUGUCCACCUUGUCAUAUUUCAUUAUGUAUAUAGCUAAUUUAUAGUUUUCUAACAAUAUUCUUAAAAGUAUAAGUAUGUACUAUGCACAGUUAUUUUAUAAUUAUUUAUUCAUUAGUUUGUAUUUUAUAUAAUAACAAUUGUAAAUUAUAUUAUCUGUAGCUUAUUAAUAAAAAAAUGUAACCUUAACAAGGAGCUGUCUAGAUUAUUUUUCAAUUGAUUUUCCUCCAAUUUGGUUUCGUUUACCUAAUUAGGUAUGUAAAUAUAAUAAAGGCGACUUUUUAUUCUACUUAAACAAUAUUAAAAUUGUAUAAACAAUAUAUCUACUUGUAGUGGCAUUCUAAAAACACAAACAUAAAAUAGUUAUAUUUUAAUGUAGGUUUAUGUAUGUCUAUCGUACCUACGUAAUUGAUCUCCUAAAUAUUUCUAAGAUGUACUUAUUUACCAGAGUUCGUGAAACGGGUAGAUUUUAAAUGCCAUACUAUCUUGUACUAUAAUUUUAAUACAGGUACUAUAUAGAAAAUAUGAGUACGUACCUACCUAUAUUUUAGUUUUAAAUUAAGUAAUUAUAAUAAUUUAUUUAUUGUAGAUAUUAGUUUUAAGUAUACAAGUAAAAUCAAUGCCAAAGUAUAGUUAAAUUCAUUAAAAAAUAUAAUGAUAA